CCUCACAUAAAUGAAGCUUUGGAAAAGUCCAAAUGUAUGUAUACACAACCUUUAUUUACAGUUAAAGCAAUUAUAAACAGCUAAUUUGAAGGUGUAUUAUCUAAUAUUCAAUACUAUUAAUAUUGAAUCGUGAUGUUGACUCACAAGAAAAACUUUUUGUUUUUUUUCUUCUUUCUAUCAUUCUUAUAUACUCUUCCAAAAGCAUGCUUUCAAAACCGGGCAUGUCAAUUUUCAUAAAAAAUUUUAUAUAAUUUUUUUUGAGGUAAAGCAACAGUAGCUAGCUCACAUGACUCUUGCCUGUUUUCUUAAGUAUCCCUUCAUUAUAUAUAGAGACAGUGUCUUGUGAGGGAAAUAAUCUAUCAAAUCUAUAAGAUAAGAUGGGUUUAGGUUCAAUUAUAAAUUUGAAUGUUGUUAUUCUUGUUCUAUAUGUUUGUUGGAGCAAACAAGCUUUAGGUGUGACUGAGCAAGAAGAGGAUAGAGUGUAUGGACUACCUGGGCAGCCUCCAGUGAAUUUCAAACAAUAUGCUGGGUACAUAAAUGUUAAUGAAACUCAUGGAAGAGCACUGUUUUAUUGGUUUUUUGAGUCUGUUGAUCAACCUCAAACAAAACCUCUUCUCCUUUGGCUUAAUGGAGGCCCUGGUUGUUCUUCAAUUGGCUAUGGAGAAGCAGAGGAACUUGGACCCUUUUUCCCCCAAAAUAGCAGCCAACCUAAGCUCAAGUUGAACCCAUAUUCUUGGAAUAAAGCUGCAAAUCUUUUGUUUCUUGAAUCCCCUGCUGGAGUGGGAUUUUCUUACACCAACACCACCAGUGAUAUAAGUGAACUUGGUGACACCAUUACAGCUAAGGAUUCACACACAUUCCUCAUCAAUUGGUUUAAAAGAUUUCCUCAAUUCAAAUCACAUGAUUUCUACAUUGCUGGUGAAAGCUAUGCAGGACAUUAUGUUCCACAACUUUCUGAGCUCAUUUUGGAUAACAAUCACAAUUCUUCCGAGGAAGAUUACAUUAACUUCAAAGGGAUCAUGAUUGGAAAUGCUUUAUUGGAUGAUGAAACAGAUCAAAAAGGUAUGAUAGAGUAUGCAUGGGACCAUGCAGUAAUAUCUGAUGGUUUAUAUCAUAACAUCACAACCAUAUGCAACUUCAGCCAUCCAAUUCAAAAUCAAACAGAUGAAUGCAAUACAGAACUUAAUAAAUACUUCGAUGUGUAUAAGAUUAUAGACAUGUAUAGCUUGUACGCUCCCAUGUGUUUCAGCAAUAUCAGCAACGUCAGAAGUCAUUCUUUUUCCAAAUUGGUACUGGACGGGUGGCAUAAAAAUCUAGCAGGAUAUGAUCCAUGUGCAUCAGAUUAUACUGCAGCAUACCUAAAUAGGCCAGAGGUUCAAAAGGCACUUCAUGCUAAUGUCACAAAAAUUUCAUAUCCAUGGAGUCACUGCAGUAAUAAUAUAACAUUUUGGAAUGACGCACCUGUGUCCAUGCUUCCUGUCCUCAACAAGCUUAUUGCUGCUGGUAUUCGUAUAUGGGUUUACAGUGGAGAUACAGAUGGAAGAAUUCCAGUAACUGCAACAAGAUACACAUUAAGAAAAUUGGGACUUCCUAUAGUUCAAGAUUGGACUCCCUGGUAUACUAGUCGUCAGGUGGGAGGAUGGAACAUUGUAUACGACGGGCUAACAUUUGUGACCAUAAGAGGUGCUGGUCAUCAAGUUCCUACUUUUGCUCCCAAACAAGCUCUUCAGCUAGUUCGACAUUUCUUAGUCAAUAAGAAAUUACCACAACAUCCUAUUUAAUUACUUCUCUCUUAAUUUAUCAUUUUCAUGUUAUUUGUUACACAUUAAGAUUGAAUAGUUGUUUGAUUCUUUUUGGGUUAAAAUUAACCCACGAUUGUUUGUUUCUACUAUUCACUCAAACUCUCAUUCAAGUGCGAAUGGUUGUACCUUUUAUAUAUAUAUAUAUAAACACACACAACUUAAGUUUGAA